AUGGGUGGAAAAGUUGAUUCAUCCAUCAACAAAGGCAACGCACCAUACAUAUUCAAACUUAGCGGUCAAAACUAUCAUAGUAUGGGAAGUCUUUUACCUACACCUGGAUCAAGACCAAAAUUUUGUCAGUUAUACAUAUAUGAUACCGAAAAUGAAAUUUCAAACAGAUCAACAAGUAUUGGUGGACCGACAAGCGCUUCUACAUCAACUUCAAUAUCAUAUGAUCUCCAGAUUAUCGAAUUUUUGAAGGUUAUGUUAGAUUCAAACAAUGUGUUGGUCAAGUCUUAUAGGAUGGUAGCCGCUUUAAUUGUUGGUGACAUUUCUGAUUCAGUUGAAAAAAGAGACAUUGUUGUUCAAACCUCAUCAGGAUUACUUCAGCGUAUCAGUGAAUUACAUCCUUCUUACCUUGCUCUUCAGUAUCCAUUACUAUUUCCAUAUGGUGAUGAUGGUUACAGAGUUGACAUCCUUCAUAGAGGUAUUACAUCUUCAAGUAAUAGCAAGCGCCCGACGUGUACAAUGAGAGAAUUUUUUGCUUACAGAAUUCAAGAUAGAGAUCAAUCGUUCUCACUACUUCUCAAUGCAAAAAGGUUGUUCCAACAAUUUUUGGUUGAUGGUUAUACAAUGAUUGAAAGUGAGAGAUUAUUUUUCAUACGUAAGCAACAAAAAAUUCUUAGAUGUGAGUCUUAUGAGAAAUUGCGUAAUCACCAAGCACUCGGGAGUACAGAUAUAUCGAACGUCGGGCAACGUGUGAUCUUACCUUCUUCAUUUACCGGUGGUGCACGCUAUAUGAUGCAAAACUAUUUGGAUGCCAUGUCGCUUUGUAAAUGGUUUGGAUAUCCUGAUUUCUUCAUAACCUUUACGUGUAAUCCAAAAUGGCCAGAAGUUCAAAGGUUUCUUAAGGACACUCCACUUCAUCCAGAAGAUAGACCGGAUAUAUUAUGUAGGUUAUUUAAGAUCAAGUUGGAUGCAUUUAUUAAAGAUUUAAGGAAAAAUAAAAUUUUCGGCACGGUUCAAGCAGGUAUGUAUGUAUACAUACAUACACCAACAAUUAGUUUAAUUGCUAACUUCUAUCCUAUUUGUAUAAUUUUAUGUGCAUUGGUUUAUACAAUUGAAUUUCAAAAAAGAGGUUUGCCCCAUAGUCAUAUAUGUCUUUUUUUGCAUGCUGAUUGCAAGCUUCCUACAGUUGAAUAUAUCGACCCGUAUAUUUCUGCCGAGAUUCCAAAUAUCAAUGAAGAUCCAGAAUUGUAUUCACUUGUGAGAGAGUUCAUGAUCCAUGGUCCAUGUGGAGCUGAAAAUUUCAAUUGCCCAUGCAUGGUGGACAGAAAAUGUUCUAAAAACUUUCCAAAGCAAUUCUGUAAUCAUACUUCAGUUGAUUCAAACGGUUUUCCCUUAUAUAGGAGAAGAAAUGAUGGAAAUGUUGUUGGAAAAUCGGGGGUCCAGUUAGACAACAGAAAUGUUGUUCCAUACAAUAAAUAUCUUUUGAAAAGAUAUCAGGCACACAUUAAUGUUGAAUGGUGCAAUCAAGGAUCUUCGAUAAAGUAUUUAUUUAAAUAUAUAAACAAGGGUCCUGAUAGGGCUACUUUUGCUAUGGUGCAAAACAAUAAUGAUUCUGAUAACAACGAUGCUGUGGAUGAAAUCAAAGAAUAUUAUGAUUGUAGAUAUAUAUCUGCAUGUGAAGCAUCAUGGAGGAUUUUUAAAUAUGAUGUUCAUUAUAGGUAUCCUGCUGUAAUCAGACUACCGUUUCAUCUUCCUGGACAACAAGUUAUAUAUGAGGCAGACGAUGAUAUUGAAGAUGUUCUUGACCGGCCUUCAGUUGCUUCUUCAAUGUUUACAUCUUGGAUGAAGUGUAAUGAAAUCAAUGUAGAAGCACGGAAACUUACUUAUGUUGAAUUUCCUACAAAGUUUGUUUGGAAACCUAAACUUCUAAUUUGGAAGCCAAGGGAAGUUGGAUAUUCAAUUGGUAGAAUUCACCCGGUUUCACCUAAACUUGGUGAAGCGUAUUUCUUAAGAAUUCUUUUAAAUAAAGUGAAAGGUCCAAAAUCAUUUGAAGAAAUUCGCACAGUCAAUGGUGAAAUAUGUUCUUCUUUUAAAGAUGCAUGCUAUAAUCUAGGCCUUUUGGAUGAUGACAAAGAAUACAUCGAUGCAAUUAAGGAAGCAAGUCUUUCUAGAUCUGGUUAUUAUCUACGGUUUUUAUUUGCUACGAUGUUAUUGUCCAACAGUUUGUCUAAACCGGAGAGUGUGUGGGAAAACACAUGGGAAUAUCUGUCAGAUGGAAUUCUUUAUACUCAACAACAGAGAUUAAAGUCUCCAGCUUUAUCACUAAACGAAGAUCAAAUUAAAAACUUGACUUUGUUUGAGAUAGAACAAAUUUUACUUCGAAACAACACCAGUCUCAAGAACUAUAGAAGGAUGCCUUACCCUGAUGAUGAUUCAGUUUCAUCUUCAAACAAUCGCCUGAUAACUGAGGAGCUCGAUUAUGACAUACCAAAUUUAAAGAAUGAGUUUGAUCGUCUUUUUGUUUCAUUAACAGACGAGCAACGCAACAUUUUCCUUGAUAUCAUGACUACGGUUAAAGAUAAUAAGGGAGGUGUAUUCUUUAUUUAUGGUUAUGGUGGAACGGGUAAGACAUUUCUUUGGAAGACAAUUUCUGCAGCCAUUAGAUCUGAAGGUGAGAUUGUUUUAAAUGUAGCUUCAAGCGGGAUCGCUUCAUUAUUAUUGACUGGAGGCAGGACAGCACACUCUCGGUUUAUAAUACCCAUUAAUCUUAACGAGGAUUCUUACUGUAGAAUAAAUCCAGAUAGUGAUCUUGCUAAUUUAGUAAGAAAAACCUCAUUGAUCAUUUGGGAUGAAGCACCUAUGGUUCAUUAA